CCCCACAGUGAGAAGAAGGAAGGCAACAGUCGCCAGCAGCCGAUGUGAAGACCGGACUCCGUGCGCCCCUCGCCGCCUCUGCCUGGCCACAUCGAUGUUGUGUCCGCCGCCCGCUCGCCCGGAUCACGAUGAACGCGCAGCUGACCAUGGAGGCGAUCGGCGAGCUGCACGGGGUGAGCCAUGAGCCGGUGCCCGCCCCUGCCGACCUGCUGGGCGGCAGCCCCCACGCGCGCAGCUCCGUGGCGCACCGCGGCAGCCACCUGCCCCCCGCGCACCCGCGCUCCAUGGGCAUGGCGUCCCUGCUGGACGGCGGCAGCGGCGGCGGCGAUUACCACCACCACCACCGGGCCCCUGAGCACAGCCUGGCCGGUCCCCUGCACCCCACCAUGACCAUGGCCUGCGAGACUCCCCCAGGUAUGAGCAUGCCCACCACCUACACCACCUUGACCCCUCUGCAGCCGCUGCCGCCCAUCUCCACAGUCUCGGACAAGUUCCCCCACCAUCACCACCACCACCAUCACCACCACCACCCGCACCACCACCAGCGCCUGGCGGGCAAUGUGAGCGGUAGCUUCACGCUCAUGCGGGAUGAGCGCGGGCUGGCCUCCAUGAAUAACCUCUAUACCCCCUACCACAAGGACGUGGCCGGCAUGGGCCAGAGUCUCUCGCCCCUCUCCAGCUCCGGUCUGGGCAGCAUCCACAACUCCCAGCAAGGGCUCCCCCACUAUGCCCACCCGGGCGCCACCAUGCCCACCGACAAGAUGCUCACCCCCAACGGCUUCGAAGCCCACCACCCGGCCAUGCUCGGCCGCCACGGGGAGCAGCACCUCACGCCCACCUCGGCCGGCAUGGUGCCCAUCAACGGCCUUCCUCCGCACCAUCCCCACGCCCACCUGAACGCCCAGGGCCACGGGCAGCUCCUGGGCACAGCCCGGGAGCCCAACCCUUCGGUGACCGGCGCGCAGGUCAGCAAUGGAAGUAAUUCAGGGCAGAUGGAAGAGAUCAAUACCAAAGAGGUGGCGCAGCGUAUCACCACUGAGCUCAAGCGCUACAGCAUCCCGCAGGCCAUCUUCGCGCAGAGGGUGCUCUGCCGCUCCCAGGGGACCCUGUCGGACCUGCUGCGCAACCCCAAACCCUGGAGCAAACUCAAAUCCGGCCGGGAGACCUUCCGGAGAAUGUGGAAGUGGCUGCAGGAGCCGGAGUUCCAGCGCAUGUCAGCGCUCCGCUUAGCAGCAUGCAAAAGGAAAGAACAAGAACAUGGGAAGGAUAGAGGCAACACACCCAAAAAGCCCAGGUUGGUCUUCACAGAUGUCCAGCGUCGAACUCUACAUGCAAUAUUCAAGGAAAAUAAGCGUCCAUCCAAAGAAUUGCAAAUCACCAUUUCCCAGCAGCUGGGGUUGGAGCUGAGCACUGUCAGCAACUUCUUCAUGAACGCAAGGAGGAGGAGUCUGGACAAGUGGCAGGAUGAGGGCAGCUCCAAUUCAGGCAACUCAUCUUCUUCAUCAAGCACUUGUACCAAAGCAUGAAGGAACAACCACAAACUAAAACCUCGGUGGAAAAGCUUUAAAUUAAAAAAAAAAAAUUUUAAAAGACCAGGACCUCAAGAUAGCAGGUUUAUACUUAGAAAUAUUUGAAGAAAAAAAAAGUGUUAUUUAUAGUCCAAAGAAACCAAAGACUUAGCUCACCUGCAUUCUGACUUUGUUUGGAGACACACACUUCAGCGGGGCGACGACUUGGCAAGACAAAUGAUGAGCAGGAAAACACCACUGGAUCUCACACCCUCAAUCCAUGACCAUUCUCACUGUGCUUGGCUGUUUAGUGGUUUGGAGCAUAGUGAUUUUGAGCCAUUAAGUGGACAUCUUUUAAGAUUGAACUUUCUCAUCUGUUCUACCAUGCCACAAAGGUGUAUGGUGUCUCAGUACUGUGUGUGUGUGUGUGCGUGCACAUAUGCGCACACACACACACACACACAACCACCACCACCAGUGGUUAGAGACUUAGGCAGAGCUGGUCUUCAGAAAUGGUUGUGCUUUAGGAGUGCAACCAACAUGGUGUGGGGUUGUCUGAGUUCAUUGGAUUAGGAGUGUGAUUUUGCUCAUCUAGCCUAGCGUUUGAACCUGCCAGGCCCGCAACCUAAAUGCAGAUUCAAACCCAGCAAAGAAAAUUUGAAUGACACCUAAACCAGUGCAUUCUCUUUGUUUGUUAAGGAAUGUUCAGAUAUUUUUUAAGAGAUGAAACAAGAGUCCAUCCAUUAAAAAAAAAAAAAUCACCUAGGUACCAAAGAACACACUUAAUAUUAUAGUGCAGGUAUUUUAUUGCAAUGAUUUUAAUAACCAAAGCUAUUUUUACAGAAGAUACUAUGUAAAGUUAUACGUAUGAACUGAUCUAGCUAUAAUACACAUGCCACAUAGAACCAUGACUAUUAUUUAUGACUCUUGAAGCAUUUGAAAUAUGAGUUUUCAGAACUGGCAAGAAAGAAUGUAGCUUCAGGGAAGCAAUUAAUAUCAUGGCAGAGAGGUCGAUGCAGUACACGUGUACAUCCAGAUGGCACACUCCUUUUCAGGAUCCAUAAAUGUCACUUAAGUAGAGAGAUAGACAUGAUUCCAUAAUCUGUUUCUAGCUGAGAAAACCUGGGGAUCUUUCCAAAGUAGGACCCCAUUUUUACACUAGAAAACUGUUUAACAGGGCGGGUAACUAAAUUAGAAAAUUUGUUCAAAGUAAUGCUUUUUAGUAAAAGGUCACUAAAUAAAGAACUAUCCUUAGAUUAAUUGACUUAUAUUUGCUUUACGCAUUUGGCACCAAAUACCUCUUUUAAAUACUUUGCAAAUAUAAUUAAAGUGAAAACAACAUUAUUAUUAAAAUGAACUAUUCAGUACUUGUAACUAUCCUAAAACGUAAUCAAACUAACUUAUUGCCAAUCCCAGAAAUUUUAUGACUUGGAAAUCAAUAAAACAGCAGGCGCAACUGAGAAAUGAUGGAAUUAGUGGAACUGCAUAGAAAAAGCCAGUGUUCUGGUGGAUGACAAGACAUUUGAUCUAUUGGUAUUAAUUAAUUUAUUUGACUAAGAAUAGCCUCCAAAGCAUUCUGCAUUCUUUCUUGCUACUACAUUAAGCUGGAAAUUUUAUAAUAUAGAUUUCACUCUCUAACAGGGACAGAUUAAAAAACUAGACCUGAGCUUACAAAUACAAAAUUUUAAGUUUAUAUUUUUCCAAAUCACUUAACCAGAGCUGUAGAAAUAAAGCCAAAAAAAAGGGGGGGACAGUGAAGUGGUACCCCAGUGAAUCACUUGAUUCGCAGAAAAAUUCUCUCUGAAUUCAUUUGGACUGAAACUUAUCUAAGUGGAUACCUAUUACGCCAUUAGGUAAAGAAUUGGAUGCUCUUAGUUAAUUACCACCCCUACCUAGAACUAUAAAAUUAAAAUGUUAUCCUAAUGGUAAGUUGUUUUUUUGAGAUUCAAUAAAAUGCCAAAGAAUAAAACUGAACCAUCUUGACACAAAACCUAACUCCUUAGCAUCAAAUCUCAGCACCUUGUCUACGUCUGCAACAAGCAGCCAACUAGACAGGUGAAGCAAAACCAACAAGCCAUCUAUCUGUGUCUCCUUCAUGUCUGCUGUAGAAUGAGAAGAGGAAACAAACAUAUACUUCUCUUUUGAUGAAAUACUGCAUUUGCCUUGACAUAUUUUGUCUUUUUUUUUAUUUCACCCACAAUUCCAGCUUAAAAUUUUCCUUCUAAAUAUGGCACAAUUCUAGUUCAGCUAUUGAAAGAGACCAUUUAAAUGGCCACCCUUCAGGAUUUACUAAAAAAUAGAAUCUUGUCAAUGACGUAAACAAAAAGGAAAAAACUGAUUAACAUUUUCUCUCUCUCCAGGAAUGGAGGGAGCCAGGGAUACAGCUACAUAAUGUAUUUAUAAUUUAGGAGGGAGGGAAGCCUUAUUUAUUUAAAACGUGAUAAUUCUGAAUGCAGGGAAAUUCUAGCUGUGUCUACACACAAUCUUAACAAAUUCAACAUCCCAAGAAAAGCAGAAUUCAGACAUUUAUUUUUUAUUUUUUGUUACUAUGUACUACCCCCAAAA